UGGAAUGCACCGACUGAUGUGCAUCGAGACUAUUGUCAAAUGUGGAUAUGCGGUGACAGUUGCAUUCCCUGUAGAAGGAAUUCCUUUGUCAGAACUCGAACAGUUGUAACGAAAUUGAUUUCCGUUAGCGGUUAAAGUCAAUUUAGAAUACUUUUUAUCAGUAUGCAAAUUGCAAAUGUUGUUUAUCAAGUGUUAAAUCCGGUUUAUUUUCAAAUGUUUUUCUACUACAAUAAUUAGUAAAAUGGUAUAAAGUGAUUAAAUAAUUUAUGCAAAUUAUUAAAUAUGUAAUUUGUUUUAUACAUUUUUUAAAUUUUCAUUUAUGUUAUAUUUCAAUUUUAAUAUUUUUUUAAGAACUUAGUUACAUAAACUUAGUUACAUAAACUCCUAGAAAAAUCCUUUAUUUAUUGCAUUUUUUAAUAACAAAUAUCGAUUAAAUUGAGUCAAGUUAGUAUAAAUUAUGUAAAAUUUAUUUUUAUAAUUGCAUUUACAUUUAUUAUUUUAUUAUUUUAAAACAAGUGUACAUACAUAUGUGUAUUCUUAAUUUUUAUAAAUUCUUAUCGGUUAAAAAUGUUUAGUUCAGAAAUUUUUUAGGUCUUUAUCAGCUGAUAAAUUAUUUGCUUACGUUUUCCGCAAAACAAGUAACCAACGUCAGCUGUGCUUUAGUAUAUUUAAAAAUGAUAAAGAGAAACGGGAAUCACCGUGAUUUCCAAGCGUAAUUUAUUCCACGAAAGCCGACAAUCGAUUUUUUAUGAGUUGCCAAGGUUACCAGUCAAUAAUCUUUGGCUAGUCAGUUCACAGACAUGAUAGGCUAAUUUAAAUUUUCGAAGUAUUUCUUGUCAUUACAUAAUCGAUUAAAUUCCAAGUAACAUUAUAUAAUUUACGACGAGUAUAGUUUUUCGUUUGAUCGAAAAACCAGCUGCCAUUGAUAACUUAAUGUCAAUUAUUAAAUUUUUAUAGAAAUAUAUAAAUUAAUGUCAUCGAUAAUUAACGUUGCCUAGAACGCAUCAUGUCGAGUUCCAGGAGUUGUCAGAAUUUAUGCCUGUCUCAGCCUGUCUGUCUACCAACGAGAUGUCCAAUUCCAUGUUCUGUAAUUUGUUGUACUCCACCUGUGAGCUCUCCUUCUAUGCCUCGUGUAUCUCGUAUCCAAUAUAAAAUGGCUUGUCCACCUCAAUGUGUGCCGAAACCCACUAAGACAGUGGUAUAUCUGCCACCCUGUCCAACCUGCUGUACGGCUUCUCCAAAAAUGGAAAUGACGUAUUUGCCACCACCCCCUCCGCCUCCCUGCUUUUACGUUUGCAACACAAACUGCGUCCCUUGCCCACCAUCUUGUCUACCACUUUGUCCAUCACCAGUCUCUUCCAACCCGCCUUGUAAACCCCAGUUAUGCCUACCGUGUCCUCCCUGUUAAGUGACGGUAUUUUAUUUGGCGACUGACUGAACAGUAUUGUGCAACUGCAUGCAAAGUCACAAAU